CCCAUGCGGUUCCACAGGUGAUCUUGCGCUCACGUCAAACUCGGGGUGGUUUUGCACCCACCAACAAUAGUAGGUCCCUCCCGACAAGAUUCCACAUCCCUAACAUGCGCCUUUCACUCCUGGGCUCGCUCGCACUCGUCGCUGUUGCAGCAACUGCUGCGCCCAUUCAGACUAACGCUGAGAGGCUGGCUCGCGGCUUGCCACCUUUGCCACCAGCCAAUGUCGCUCGUGGUGUGGAUAUUAGAGGCAAGCCCUCGCCCGUCGCGAAGAGAGGCCCUCAUCCUUCAUCUCCCCCUGCCUUCCGUAGAGAUGAUUAAUCCACAAGUUCCUCGCGUGCCGUAUGGCCAUCUGGAACAAUCCACAUGCUCUCUCACACCCUAGACAUUAUCAUCCAUCUUUCCUUGUUUAAGACUUUUCUUGAUGAACAGCUUUGUUACGUUGAUUCAGAAGACGAUCAUAUUGUGCGGCUACCGCCCCGAAAUAUGUUACCAGUUACA